ACUCGCUCACUGCCGUCAGUGUGUCCGCUCUUAGCGAGAGCUCUCUGAGCGACAAUAAAGGCACUUGGAGGUGCUCUUUUUAUCUAACCUAAAAACAGACAUGUCCGGUUAAAAAACAGAUACGGAACGCUGACCUUCAAGCUUCUCCGUGCGGAGCGUAAAACGAAGCAGGCGCAGGGAAAUGUGUAAAGACCGACGGGAUGGCAGCUGAAGCAGCGGAUAACGGAACCACGGUACUUGUGUUGACAGCUACGGGGAAUCGUUAGGCUUGUAGCUUAGCCUUAGCCCGAAGCUGACCCAGCGCUGGACUGCAGAGCAACCCGAGCGGACGGAGAGGAAGCUGAAGCGGCCUUAACACAUCGGAACGAGAGUGCAUGCUUUUAAGCGGCACAUGGCCUGUAUUCUGCUGACAAACAUGGACCCGCCCAUCACAGAAAAUCAGAACGGUCUCCCCCGAAACCUGGACUUGGCUACUGGACCGAAGCGGGACGUGAAUGCCACCGGUCUGAGUGUCCACCGUUACUGUGAGAGGAAGGAUGGAGGAGAGGGCGGGGCCAGUUAUUCAGAAAGUAUGCUCACGUUUCCACCUGGAGAGUAUGUAGUGGAGGAACUCUGCAUCUCUGCAGCGAAAGCAUGUGGGAUUGGUCCGGUGUACUGCAGCUUGUUUGGCCUAAUGAGGGAAAGUGACCGGACAUGGUUCGCUCCUAAUCAUAUCUUUAAAGUGGACCACUCAGCCAGUGAGAAACUGCACUUCAGAAUCAGAUAUUAUUUUCCUGGCUGGUACAACAGCAACAAUUCAUCCUGUGCUCAUCGCUAUGGUUCGUCCAGAGGGAUGGAAAGCCCUGUGAUGGAUGACUGUGUCAUGGCAUACCAGUUUUUUCAGUGGCGUAGUGACUUCCUGAAUGGCUGGGUUGAUAUUCCAAUCAGUCACGAGGCCCAGGAGGAGUGUCUGGGCAUGGCUGUGCUGGACAUGAUGAGGCUCGCCAAAGAGAGCGGUCAGUCAGCAGUGGACAUCUACAAUGAUAAAAGCUACAAGUCCUUCCUGCCAGUGUGCAUGCGAAGCCGCAUCCAGGAAUAUAACAUCUUGACCCGGAAGAGAAUCCGCUAUCGCUUCCGGAGGUUCAUUCAGCAGUUCAGCGAAUGCAAGGCCACAGUGUGUAACCUCAAGCUCAAAUACCUGAUGAGCCUUGAGAUGCUGCUGCCCCCUCUCUACUCUGAGCGCUUCCAAGUCACCGACACCUCCUCAAAUGAGGUCACCAUCAUUGUCAUGGGAAAUAAGGGCAUCCAGUGGUCCAAAGGGAAAGAUGAGGAUGGAGCAGAGGAGGAGCUGCAGACAUACAGUGAUUUCUCAGAGGUGAUUGACAUCAGUAUCAAACAGGGCAACAAGGAAGGGUCUGCAGAGAGUCGCAUAGUUACCCUCACCAGACAGGACAACCAGAUAAUGGAACUGGAAUUUCACUCGCUCUCAGAGGCUGUGUCAUUCGUGUCGUUGAUCGAUGGGUAUUACAGACUGGUCGCCGAUGCCCAUCAUUACCUGUGCAAAGAGUUAGCGCCGCCACGACUACUGGAGUGCAUUCACAGCCACUGCCAUGGCCCUGUGUCGAUGGACUUUACAGUCAAUAAACUGCGGCGCUCUGGUAACCAUCAAGGCCUGUACAUGCUUCGCUGCAGCCCCAGGGACUAUGACAAAUACUUCAUGUCGUUUGUGGUGGGGUAUGAAACAAUGGUGGACUAUAAGCACUGUCAGAUCACAAAGACCGAGUCGGGAGAAUACAUUCUGAGUGGAGCCAAGAGGAGCUUUGGUUCACUCCGGGAACUUCUGCAUUGCUACCAGAAGGAGGCGCUCCGCACAGAUGGGUACACAUUUCAGCUGAUCAGGUGCUGUCCACCCAGUCCCAAAGAUAAGUCCAACCUGCUGGUGUGUAGAAACAAUCAGGGGUCUGAGGUUUCUCUGUCUCCCACGCUCCACAAGCACACCAUCAGCCAGAUGGUCUUCCACAAGAUCCGAAAGGAGGACCUUGUAAUUAAAGAGAGCCUGGGUCAAGGAACAUUCACCAAGAUCUUUUGCGGAGUGAGGAAGGAGCUGGGAGACUACGGAGAGAUACAUCAGAUAGACGUCGUUAUCAAGAUCCUGGACAGGGCACAUCGCAGCUAUUCAGAGUCAUUCUUUGAAGCUGCCAGCAUGAUGAGCCAGCUCUCCCACAAGCACUUACUUCUCACAUAUGGCGUGUGUGUUUGUGGAGAUGAAAACAUGAUGGUGCAGGAAUAUGGUAAAUUUGGCUCGCUGGACACCUACCUGAAGAAGAACAAAAGCUGUGUUAACAUCACCUGGAAGCUGGAGGUGGCCAAGCAGCUCGCCUGGGCAAUGCACUACCUGGAGGAUAAAAACCUCAUUCAUGGAAAUGUUUGUGCCAAGAAUGUUCUUUUGAUCCGAGAGGAGGAUCGGAAAACAGGCAGUCUGCCCUUCAUCAAGCUCAGUGACCCCGGUAUCAGCAUCACUGUGCUGCCCAGGGAAGUACUAGUGGAGCGUAUCCCAUGGGUGCCCCCUGAAUGCAUUGAAAACCCCCAAAACCUGAGUUUAGCCACAGACAAGUGGAGCUUCGGGACCACUCUUUGGGAGAUUUGCAGCGGUGGAGACAAACCUCUCAGCACGCUGGACUGCUCAAAGAAAAACUUGUUCUACGAGGACAGACACCAGCUGCCAGCUCCCAAAUGGACAGAGCUGGCCAAUCUGAUAAACAGCUGUAUGGACUAUGAGCCUUUACAUCGGCCCUCCUUCAGAGCAGUAAUCAGAGAUCUCAACAGCCUCUUCACACCAGACUAUGAGCUGCUGGUGGAGAGCGACGUGGUGCCCAACAGAGCACGAGGCUUCGGCUUCCCGUGGGCUUCCGAGAACCAAGAUCCAUCGCAGUUCGAGGAGCGGCACCUCAUCUUUCUCAAGCAGCUGGGCAAAGGGAACUUUGGCAGCGUGGAGAUGUGCAGGUACGACCCCCUGCAGGACAGCACAGGGGAGGUGGUGGCUGUGAAGAAACUCCAGCACAGUACAGCUGAGCACCUGAGGGACUUUGAGCGGGAAAUUGAGAUCCUCAAAUCACUUCAGCAUGAAAACAUUGUCAAAUACAAAGGAGUGUGCUACAGUGCAGGACGAAGAAACCUGCGGUUGAUCAUGGAAUAUCUCCCCUAUGGCAGCUUGAGAGAUUAUCUCAUCAAACACAAAGACAGAUUUGAUUCCAAGAAACUGUUGCACUACGCGUCACAGAUCUGCAAGGGAAUGGACUACCUUAGCACCAAGCGUUACAUUCACAGAGACCUGGCCACUCGAAACAUUCUGGUGGAGAGUGAGAUGAGGGUUAAGAUCGGUGAUUUUGGUCUGACCAAGGUGCUGCCUCAGGACAAAGACUACUACACCGUCAGAGAGCCUGGGGAAAGCCCCAUCUUCUGGUAUGCUCCUGAGUCACUGACUGAAAGCAAGUUCUCCGUGGCUUCAGACGUUUGGAGCUUUGGGGUCGUCCUCUACGAACUCUUCACUUACAGCGACAAGAACUGCAGCCCACCAGUGGUAUUUAUGAAUAAGAUGGGGAAUGAAAAGCAGGGCCAGAUGAUUGUCUACCAUUUGAUUGACCUGCUGAAACAAGGAUAUAGGCUGCCUGCUCCUGAUAACUGUCCUACAGCGAUUCACAAGAUUAUGAUGGAGUGCUGGAGCAGUGACCCGAGACAGCGGCCUACUUUCAAGACAUUAAUCCACAGUGUGGAUACUGCACGAGACAGCGAGGAUAGAUGAGCAGCAUCGAUCCGUGAACCUUUGACCUUUAGGUGUCAGCUCGCGUGAGUCAGUCCUCGCAGACCUGAACAGAACAACAAACUGUCUGAUUUACUGCAACAAUUUGGAGUUGAGGUGAUGGUGAGGUUCUUCUUUCUAUGGUCACAUGAAGUAUUCACACGAACUGAUGGUUGAGUACACUACAACUCAAGAUUAUGCCUGGUGCUUUCAGGAACAUUUCACCCUGGGAUGAAUUCUUUGACGCAUUCACGCAUGUUGUGUUUUACAAUUUGAAAUCAAAACAGGGAUUGACUUGGGGAACGCGAUAAAAUCAAAGAUUCAGUGUUGAAGCCAGUUUUCUUUCCAAAAAUGUAAAGAUCAACACCGAGCAGCCGUUACUGUGUACUGUUGAAGCUGUAAAAUGAGCAGACAGUUAUUUUUUGCACAAGCAAAGAGACCACAGGGAAACAAAGCUCUGCCUUAUUCUUCACAUCACUGAGUCACCUGACACUCAGUGCACGUGCUCGUGAGCGGCUGUACUUGAAUGAACAGGUUUCCUCCUGCUGACACCCAGGCAGACUGUUUUAGGGUGCCAAGCAAAGUCGACUGUUAGGAGGGGGGGCCGGCCAUGAAGAUCUUUAUGAGAGGUUUUCAAGUUAGAUUUUACUGCUACAGUGGAAGUGAGUUUUACACGUCUGCUGCAUGCUGGGAACCUGUUACUGAGUCCUUGUUUCUGAGGGUCAGGCUAUGAUAAGUCAUUGAGGUCAAAGUUUAAAUUUCAUGCAGCUUGGAAGAAAAAACGAAGUAUCAUCAACUCACAACAUUAAUAUUCUUGUUUCAGAUCAAAUCAGCUGUUUCUCUGUAAAUUCUCUGUAAUUGAUCAGGUGUGUUUUAAUAAUGCAGCAUGAAGUUUGAAGGCUGUGCUGUUUGUCGAUACCUAAAGUGAAGAAUCUGAAUCUCUCAUUUUUGCUGCACCUGGAGGGAAAGUAAUGAUGGGAAGUGUCCUUAUUUUCUGCAGGAGUCGUGUUGCCAGUCAUGCUUUUAUUUAAAAAUUGAUUUGAUUUUUGUUCUUUGUUUCAUGGCUCACGUUUUACACGAUUUCUUUUUAUUUGUUGACGACAGCAUUUCUACUCAAUUUACUUUGAAAGACAGACCAUGCAGAUGUAUUGUUAACAGUGUGUGUGUGUGUGUGUGUGUGUGUGUGUGUGUGUGUGUGUGCGUGUGUGCGUUCUUUAACCUCUUUGUGGGCACCCUGAAUAUUUCUUAGAUGAUCCUGUUUAUGAUUGUCAAUUUAUUACAAUUUUGUUCUGUUUUUUUUUUACUGCAAAAUGUUUUGAAGGUAUUAUUUUUUCCAUACAAGUAUUAUUGUGUAUACAGUAUGUGUAUUCCCGUGUGCCCUUUAAAUUUGAUUCUUUAUGAAGAUUGUAUCAUUUUGUAUCCAAAGAUUUAUGCAAAAGAUUUAUACAAAAACAAAAA